AUGUCUGGAGAAGUUACAUAUGCAGAUCUAAACUUCCAGUACUCCAGUAAGAGAGAGAAUAUUCAGGAGUCUGACAAUUUGGAGAAAAAAGCACCCUCUGCUCCAUCCCAGAUAUGGCGUCAAAUGGCCUUAGCCCUCACUCUUCUAUGUCUUCUACUGUUGAUUGGAUUGGGAAUCUUAGGAAACAUAUAUUAUAGAACCUCAAAGACAGAAAUGGAAAAAUUGAACAAGUUGCAAAAUAUCAAAGAAGAUCUUCAGAGAAACAUUUCUCUACAACACAUGAGCAUCAUGAAUAUUUCCAAGGAUCGCAUGACUCUUGCCAUCACACUGCAAAACAUGGCCACUGAGUUAUGUCGUGAGCUUAUAAAAAGUGAAAAAGAGCACAAAUGUAAACCUUGCCCAGAGAAAUGGAUGUGGCAUGAAAACACCUGUUAUGGCUUAUCUGAUGAUACAGAAACAUGGCAAAACAGUGGAAGGAUGUGUUCUGCUCAGAAUGCCAGCCUAUUGAAGAUUAAGUCCAAAAGUGUUUUGAACUUUGUAAAAUCCCAGCUACCAUAUUUAGAAUAUUGGGUGGGAUUAUCUCCCCAAAAGAAAGCAUACUAUAAGAACUUAGAUGACAGCAUUUUCUCUACAGACUGGUAUACAGGAAACACAGAACACUUAAAUGAUGGGAUGUAUUGUGGAUAUAUACUCCAAACAUAUGUUUAUUAUAGGUACUGUACUGAAAAAAGACGAUUCGUGUGUGAGAAAUUAGCUAAUUCAGUGAAGAUUGAAAGUACAUUAAUGGUUAAAGUUCCACAAGGAAGAAGAUAG